AUGGCUGACAGUGCUCAGCGACAUCCCAAUCUCAACCUCACGCCUGAGGAGAAGCGUGUAUUCUACCAGUUCUUCCAGGCGGCCGAUACCACCAACCUCGGCGUCAUCACCGGCGAGAUCGCCGUCCCGUUCUUCGAGAAGACAAAGCUAGCGCCUGAUACUCUUGGUUUGAUAUGGCAGAUCGCGGAUAGAGAAAACAGGGGUCUUUUGACUCCCUCUGGCUUUGGCAUUGUCCUGCGAUUGAUUGGACAUGCACAGGCUGGUCGCUCUCCUUCCGAGGAGCUGGCAUUGCAACCUGGUCCCCUGCCCCGAUUCGAAGGGGUUACCGUUGAUACUACACCGGAAUCUGGCACCACGAGUCCUCCCUCGAGUUCUAGUGGGCCAAUUCGCGUGCCCCCCUUGACUGCAGAAGAUGCCAAUAAAUUUGUCUCCCUUUUCGAGAAGUCAGAUACUGCCAGUGGUGUUCUCUCAGGCGAAGCGGCGAGGCAAAUCUUUGAACGGGCAAGAUUGCCAAACGAGGUCCUCGGCCGGAUAUGGGGCUUGUCGGACACCAGACAGCGUGGCGCCCUCGAUGCCACUGAGUUCAUCAUUGCUAUGCACCUUCUGACCUCGUACAAGUCUGGCGCUUUGCGAGGUAUUCCGCAGACACUGCCUCCCGGGCUAUAUGACGCGGCCGCUCGUCGCGGUUCCGCGCGGUCCUCCUUCGGCUCCCGACCGGAUGUUCCGCCUGUGCCCGCCAUUCCAAAACAGUUUUCUGGUGGUCCUCAUCGGACUACCAGCCCUAUGAACACAGGCGGUCGACCUACCUUCGGAAGCCCGAUCUCAUCCCAGCCUACCGGAGACUGGCUUAUCACACCGCAGGAGAAGGCACACUUUGAUAGCAUCUUCGAAACAGUUGACACUGGCAGGGUGGGAAUGAUCACGGGUGACCAGGCCGUUGCUUUCUUUAUGAAGGCACAACUACCGGAGGAGAUGCUGGCGCAAAUCUGGGACCUUGCAGAUAUCGAUGCCGACGGCCAGUUGACUCGAGAGGAAUUCGCGGUUGCCAUGUACCUGGUUCGCAUGCAGCGGAGUGGCAAGGACCAACUGCCUCAGGUCCUGCCGCCUGCCCUAAUCCCUCCCAAUAUGCGCCGCCAACCCGCCUCCCCAGCGGCUGCGCCGGCCCCUCCCCCUCAAGCUCCUCCUUCGGUUCGUUCCGCUGCCGACGAUCUCUUCGGCCUGGAUAGUCCACCAGCUCCCCAGCCGCAGAUGCCUCAGUCCACUGGCGGGUCCAACAACGUGUUUCAAACUCCUGGGUCGCCGUCCUCUAGAGCCUCGCCUCUAGCGGCGUCAACGACUUUCAAGCCCUUUGUUCCUACCUCGACCUUUGGCCAAAGCUUGCAGCCCCAAUCGACAGGAGCAUCAGCUGGCGCUUCCAUUACUCCUCGAUCGCCUCCUCCGUCGGAUGAUCUUCUUGGCGACAACGACCCAGAGGAGUCGAAGAAGCUUACCCAAGAGACCACUGAGCUGGCAAACCUUUCCAAUCAGAUCGGCUCAUUGGCGAAGGAGAUGCACUCUGUGCAGGAAAAACGAAAUUCGGCCGAACAGAGUCUUUCGCAAACAUCACAACAGAAGCGAGACUUUGAGGCGCGACUGGCCCAAGCGCGGGCCAUGUAUGAGCAGGAGGUGGCGAACUUUAAAACCCUCGAGGAACGGCUGAACGCUUCCAAGGCCGAGACUGAGAAGCUCAGCCAGCAAUAUGCACUGCUAGACGGCAGCCGUCAGGAUUUGCAGAACCAGUACAACCAAGUCUCUACGGCCUUGGCUGCCGACCAACAGGAAAAUGCCAGCCUCAAGGAAAAGAUUCGUCAGGCCAAUGCUGAAGUUGCCCAACUGAAGCCGGCGCUGGAGAAGGCGCGCUCUAGCGCUCGGCAGCAGAAAGGUCUAGUGGCAAUCAAUAAAAAGCAACUGGCCACUGUUGAGGGUGAGCGGGACAAAAUGCAGGAGGAGAUUGAUAGCGUUUCGAAGGAGAAUCCACAGUAUACGGAUGAAUCUGCCACGCAGGCCAGCAGUGUGCCUGAGGUCACCAGCCCCGCUGUUUCUUCUGUUAGCCAGAACACGAAUCCUUUCUUCCGGAGAACUAUGACGGGCAGCUCAAGCGAGCGUGCUCGCUCACCCGAAGUCUCGAGUGACCAGCAGAAGGUAUUUGACAGUCUCUUCGGCCAGUCAUUUGCUCCUUCACCUUCCGCAGGCGCGCCGCCAACCUCGUUCCGUUCUGAGUCGCCUUCAGCCCGGCCAUCCACUGUUCAGUCUACUGAUUCUUCUGUGCCCACUCCGUCUGCUUCUCCCCCUCCUGCAUUUUUGCCUGGGUCUUUGCCUGGAGCUUUCCCAUCCGGCUCGCCUAUUGAGCCUCCGGCUCCAAGCCAGUCGCGGCAGAUGACCCCAAAUUUUCUUCCUUUCCAUGAGAACCAGUCAGUAACAUCAUCAACUAUGGUGUCCCCUCCCGGCAGUCGAUUUGGGGCUGCUGAAGCCUCGGGGAGAGCAACUCCAUCUCAAAGCGAUGUUGGUCCCCCUUCAGUUGCCGAAUCCAGCGACUACAGCCGUGCUCCACCUUCGACUGUAGAGGAUUUCCCUGCUCGGUCUCCAUUCGAUGAAGUCCCGGGGAUGCUGAGCCAAUCUCGGGAGCUUUCUCCCUCUGAUGCCUCGACAGUCUCCCCAAGCGAGAAACAGGCGGAAGGCAAGGAAGACCUCACUUUUGACGAGCUCUUUGGCAGCAAGGCUCACAAGCGAUCUGUGUCCCAAAAUGCAAAUGAUUUCGAGGAGGCUUUUGCAAGCAUGAAACAAGGUUCCGCGACGGAGAAAACGAACGGGACCUCUGCCGCAGCUCCAUCGGAAUUCCCUCCCAUCCAGGAAGUCCAUCAUGACGACGACGAAGAUGACGAAAGCUCUGAUGAUGAAGGGGCCCUGGGAUUUGAUGACAACUUCACACCUGUGUCGCCCACGGCAGAGAAACCCGCACAGUCUCUUGACACCGCUCAGCUGGCGGCUUUCCCUACCCCUGGAGCCGGCCUUUCUUCGAGCCAGCCUCCUGCGGCCGAGGCGCAAGUCAGUCCUCCCAAGUACGAUGAGACUGUCUCCAAAGAAGACAUUAGCCGCAUUCCGCCCGAGUUCAACGGGCUGCUCCCCGAGCGCUCUGAUCCUACUGCUCCUCCCGAUGCCCCCCACUCGGUAGAAUCGGCCACUGGAGCGCCCGUGGUGGGCAAUGAGCCACAACGAGAGGGCUUCCCGGAGCCGACCACCACAGCCAAGACGGGAGCUCCAGAUUUUGCCGCCGCCUUUGCCGGGCACAACCUCGCCCCUGCGCAGGAUGCCGAAGACGAUGAAGAGUCCGACCGGGAGAACCACGAUACUAAGAAUGCCGCUGACUUUGACUUCUCCUUCGACUCGCCGUCUCAGAAGCAGCACAGGGCUUCGCCCAGCGACGCGGAUCAGGCGGGGUCGUCUGAUUUCUUCUCGUUCGAAAACAAUGUCCAAGCUCCUCCCGCUCAAGCUGUCACCUCGAGCGAAGAUAGAUCCAAGGCUGGUGGUCACGACUGGGACGCUCUCUUUGCGCCCCUCGAUGGCGCCAAAGCUCACGCCGGCGAGGAGACCAAUGGAUCCAAGGAGAAGCAGCCCGGUUGGGCUCUCAACAACGACUCCGGCGAAGAUGAUCUGAUCCUCCAGCGUCUGACUGGAAUGGGUUUCCCGCGCAAUGAGUCGUUGAUCGCGUUAGAAAAGUUCGAUUACAAUCUUGACAAGGCGGCCGAUUACUUGACCUCCAAGACUUGA